AAUUUUGUUAACAAACAAUUUUCGUUGCGAAUUGUUGGCAAUCGGCAUUCGGCAUAAUUCGAAAAGACACAGUGAUUCGGUUGCGCUAAUCUUUUUAAAAUGAUUUCAUGCUUAAUUUUAUGUUUAUUUGUCGGAUUUUCUUUUGGGUUUACUGAUAAAGGAUCACCACCACAAUGGAGUGAUGUAUAUGCUGUAAAAGGACUCUUAAACAUCCCUUAUGCAGAACUACAUGAGCCAUUCUAUGCCUGGUACGAUAGAAAAAAUGCUAAAUCCCGUAUUGAUUACUAUGGCGCAAUGGUUAAGACAUACCAGUUCGAGGCCAAUGUGUUCCCGAAGUUCGGUACAUCGAUAAAGAUAGCACCAAUCACAACGGAGCAUGUCCUGAAUCAAGAAACAUGUCUCCAAGUGAAUGGCACUGAGGACAGCAGUAUCAGUAUUCAGUCUGUGCUACCUGACAUGUCCGACUUCAAGUAUGUUGGUUCAGAGACAAUGCAGGAUUCGGACACGUCCAAAUGGCGUAUGGUGAUGACGGUGGGUGAUAAAGUCAAUAAGUAUACGAUGUGGGUGAAGUACAGGAAGAGUUUACGGGGUGAUCCCAUACCGAUACCAGUGAGGUAUGAAAUGAAAGGAUACAAUACGCUCCUUGGUUCCCACUACGACCACUAUUACAUCGACUAUGCCGAAUACUGUGUUGACGAAAUUGACCAAAAUGUUUUCGAGGUCGAUCCAAAAAUGAAAUGUACUUCUUUCCCCGGUCCCGGAUCCCGACACUACGCCACGUUUAAUCCUAUGAAGGAGUUUGUUCAUCCCGUUCACAACGCGCAUAUUGAUGAUGAGUUUGACAGAUUUCUGAUGAAGCACAACAAACAAUACUCCUCACACAUAGAAGAGGCUAAACGACUUAACAUUUUCCGUCAAAAUCUCAGAUACAUUCACUCUAAUAAUCGUGCGCGUCGCGGGUUUACGAUGUCUGUGAAUCACCUCGCCGAUCGAACUGAUGAUGAACUGGCUGCUCUACGUGGAAGGAAAUAUAGUGGACCAAACACGGGUCUACCCUUUCCCUACAGUAAAUCUAUAAUUGAAGAAAUGAGUGUGAAACUCCCCCCAGAGUUCGACUGGAGGCUCUUUGGAGCUGUCACUCCUGUCAAAGAUCAAUCAGUAUGUGGUUCGUGCUGGUCCUUCGGAACGGUGGGCGCAGUUGAAGGAGCCUUAUUCCUUAGCAACGGAGGUCAUUUAGUCCGCCUAAGUCAACAGGCCCUCGUGGAUUGUUCUUGGGGUUUCGGCAACAAUGGUUGUGAUGGUGGCGAAGACUUCCGCGCUUACCAGUGGAUCAUGAAGCAUGGCCUACCCACCGAAGAAGACUAUGGAGGCUAUUUGGGACAGGAUGGUUACUGCCACAUUGACAACGUCACACUGGUGACGUCAAUGAAAGGCUGGGUUAAUGUCACUGUAAAGGACGAGAAGGCUCUCAUGCUGGCUUUAUUCAAACACGGCCCGAUCUCAGUUGCAAUUGACGCCAGCCACAAAAGCUUCAGCUUUUACUCCAAUGGCGUCUACUAUGAACCUAAAUGCAAAAACAAAGUGGAGGAACUAGAUCAUGCCGUCCUCGCAGUGGGGUAUGGAGUGCUAAACGGCCAAAAAUACUGGCUGGUUAAGAAUUCUUGGUCCAAUAUGUGGGGCAACGAUGGUUACGUACUUAUGUCUAUGAAGGACGAUAACUGUGGGGUCCAGGCGGCUCCCACUUAUGUUCUUAUGUAGAGACCAAACUUCAUGUUCCCAUAGUUUGGUCUGUGAGACGAGGGCUAUGAAUAAAUUUAUGGGUUUAAAGUUUUUAGCUACUUUCAAGUCGCCAGCGUAUAUUUUAUAUUAUUCUCAGAUGAUAUUUUUAACGCGAAUAAUAUAUGUCACCGUAAAAUUGUAAAUAUCGUUAGUUUGUAAUCUAUCUCGCGAGAUUGUGAACUGUCGAAAGAUUGUGAAACCUGAUAUAUUACAAUUAUAUAGAAGUCAAACCGUCAAAUUACAAUCUUAAAACUGUCAAAUUGUCAACUUUCCGAAGGCUGUCCCUGAUUGGUCGGCUUUAUAGUAGACCUUAGAACAAACAAAUAUGGUGGCGCGGGCAUAUGCCGUUCAACCAAUCAGCGUGCGAGUUGCGUUCCGUUUCACAAUUUGACGGUGUCACUUCGAUAUAUUACAAUCUACCGAAUAAUACGUGAAAUUGUAAGCAGUACGUGGAGGUUCACAAUCUUCCCAGAUUGAUUACAAUCUAACGGUAUUUAAAAUUUUACGGUGACGUAUACAAUAAAAACAUUGACGCGUGUAAUGUAUGUAAAUAUAAUUUGUUGAAAUUGGAAAAAAAAUUGUAGGUUUUGAAUUGGUCUCACAGAUCGAAACUUCUAAAAUUUAGUACAACAUUAAUUAGUACUCAUUUGAAUCUCAACUCAUGUCACUAGGAGAUUAAAACACAUACACGGAAUAGAUAAAGUAUAAGGAGUGCCGCAAGCGGGCUGCAAGCGGGCCGCAAGUACACAACAUGGCCAUUUUUAGUACAAUAUCGACUAAACGCCCUUCUAACAUAUUUAUCUAUUACUCGUAAACGUACCUAACAUCAAGUAUAUAUGGAAUGAUGAACGCUUGUGACAGCUAAUAAUAUUCUUUAUGGUAUAGUACUAACCGUAACCUUUUCUAAUUAUUAAAAUGUUAUAGAAUUAUUAUAUUAAUAAAUCAGAUUAAAUUACAUAGUUAUUGCAAGUUUCCUUUUUGUCACCAAUUGACGCAUAUAUCCUCUUACUUGUAGUAAUGGGUAUGAAUAGUAAAAAGGCAUUCAUAUUUUUGCACCAUGUAAAUUAAUUUUUCGUCUGAAGCCAUCGCGAUUAACGCUGACACAAGCGAACUUCAGACUGAUGACGCCUAGGUUUGCUAUUGGGCGCGUGGAUUAGCGAGAAUGCGCGCGCACCAAUGAGCGUUGGUCACGAAGAAUGCGUGCGUCUUUUUGAAAUCAGAAGGAAUGUGUACGUUACACUGUGGAGUUAAGGUUGAAUUUGUUAUGUUCCGUUUUGGAUAAACGUAUGCGAUGCGCUUCGACUCUGGUAGAAUACAUUGACCUUUAGGGUCCUUCAAGGUAAAAGCAUAUCAAUUCCUAAUAGGCAACGUACUUGCGACACAUCUGCCAGUGUGAGCGUCCAUGAUGGCAUCACUUAGAUAUGAUCCUUCUUUUGUUUUGUUCUAUUUUCAAAAAAAUUUAUGUUUACAACUUGACCACUCUACAUAUCUUUUAGUCUAGUUUCGUGGACGACUCCAAUUGAAAAUUUAUAACUAAAUUUUUAGUUCACUUUUACUUUGCAUAUCUGUUAUUAAAAUAAUAAUGCUAUAAUUCUGUCUACAUUACUUUGUAUAAGCCAGAUGAUUAAGUAGCAGUCUUUAGCAGUAAAUAAAAUUAAAUAAAUUCAAAGUUUAAAAAUGGAAUCUAACACAGUUUAUGUGUCUGUCUUACCACGCUUUGGAUCGCUAUAUUAUAGGUCUGGUGAAAGAUAAAAGUUAGUAUGUAUAAGAGAAAUAAACGAAUUAUAUAUAA